GGUUUCUGUUGCAGGCCGUUUGGAGUCUAGGGGAGAAUAUGGUCAGGGAAUGUGGGGGGAAACGGCCCUUACUGGUAACGCAUUUUAUUUUGGUGGUUGUUUUGGAAGCAUGUUGUGGUUAAUGAGCGGAGGAAACGGUCGCCGGACGCGGUGUUUUGAAGGGCGGAACGAACGUCGUUGCUCCGUUGCGGCAGGAGGGACGGUUGUCAGAGAAGCACCAUCUUCCAUUCCCCGACAACGGGCUGGAGGCGGAAAGGUCGGGACGACUGGGAGCCGUGCUGUGAAGUAGCAAAUAAAAAUGCCAGCAGGGGUAUCGUGGUCUCAUUAUCUGAAGAUGUUGGGGUCAAGCCUUCUAGCGAUGUUUGCAGGAGCAGAGGUAGUACACAGGUACUACAGACCAGAUCUGAGUAUACCAGACAUUCCACCUAAACCAGGUGAGCUUAGAACAGAACUGCUGGGUCUGAAAAACCAAGUGCAAACUCACAACUCUGAACAACAUUGAAGUGAAAAAAAAAUUUAAGUUCCACAGUUUUAAGAACUUGAUGUCAAGUAUCAUUUAAGUUUUGUCUACUUUGUCAUGAGCUGUUCUGUAGGGAAAGAAGGCAAGUUGAACAAUUCUUUCACCAAGGUGUGACCAGUGUGGGCAAGGUUAACUUUUGGUGUAAUCUGCAAAAAAAAACCACAUUAGACCAGUGGUACAGCUGGUUAUAAAAAUCAAGUGAGUUAGUCUAAACUCUGCAGACUUGACUAAGACAGUACAGCAUGGUCUUUUCUUGCAAUGCAAUUAUUCUGAAGGAAAUUGUUAAAUACCAGAUGAACAUGAGUAAUUUGUUAAUUGAAAAUUUUCAAUUUCAUUGUUACACUAGCAUAGCUAUUCAACAUUCGUUGAACCCAUAUUUGUCAAGGUUUGUAAGUUACAAAUAAAAAUGUUCAUUUCAUAUUCAA